UUGUUGUGACUUUCUCCUCCUUCCCUCGCUCCCACCCACCCUCUCUGAGAGAAUCUCUGAGGAACAGAACCAGAGAAAACACGCACAGCUUGGAGGAGGCUCAUUUGUAUCAGAACCGGACUGGAGUGAGGAGAAAGAGGAGGAGGAGGAAGACGAGGAAGAGGGGGAGGAAGAGUCCUGGAAAUUAAAACACACAGGCAGGAGGAAGGACAGGUGGCAACAGAUAACUAUCUAGACCAUGAAGGGGGUUGCCAGACUAAUUUUCCCACUCAUUCUUGUGCUGGUCUGUGAAGUGAAUGGACAGAGGCGCGCCAAGCCUCCAAAGAAGCGUCCGACUCCCCCACCUUCUGAACCAGUGGAGCCGACAGAGUUGCCUCCACCUCUGCUAGGACCCCCGUCAGUUUUCCCAGACUGCCCCAGAGAAUGCAUCUGCCCUCCAGAUUUCCCUUCAGCCCUUUACUGUGACAGCCGCAACCUUAGAAAAGUGCCCCUCAUCCCACCCAGGGUCCAUUAUGUCUACCUUCAGAACAACUUCAUUGAUAAACUUUCUGAGGAGUCCUUCAAGAAUGCCACGGAGCUGAGGUGGAUCAACCUGGACAACAACCGCAUUGACACAGUGGACACUCGGGUGCUGGAGAAGCUGGAGAGCCUUGUCUUCCUGUACAUGGAGAAGAAUAACCUUAGGGAAGUGCCCAACAAUCUGCCUCCCAAUCUGGAGCAGCUUCGACUGAGCAGGAACCGGAUCAAGAGGAUCCCUGAAAAUGUAUUCAGCAAGCUGGACCACCUCCUUCUCUUAGACCUACAUCAUAAUGAGCUGAAUGAUGGAAACUUCAAAAAGAAUACUUUCAAGGGGCUGAAGAACCUCAUGCAGCUCAACUUAGCUCACAACAGGCUGCAUAAGAUGCCGCCUGGGGUACCCAAAGCCAUCCACCAGCUCUUCCUAGAUGAGAACCAAAUUGACAACAUCCCCAGCAACUACUUUAAAGAUUUCGCCAACUUGGCUUUCAUCAGGCUUAACUAUAAUAAGCUCUCUGACAAAGGGCUGCCCAAGAACUCGUUCAAUCUCACUAACUUGCUGGUCUUGCACCUGGCGCACAACAACCUCACCAACAUCCCCUACAUUAGCCCUAAGCUGGAGCAUCUCUACUUGAAUGACAAUUCAAUUGAAAAAAUCAAUGGGACCCAGAUAUGCCCCUUUUCUUUGAUGAGUUUACACGAACCAUCUUCGGAUCUUGAAAACGUGCCCCGUCUCCGCUACCUGCGCCUAGAUGGCAACCAGCUGAAGCCACCCAUCCCCUUGGACCUGAUGAUGUGCUUCCGACUCUUGCAGUCCGUUGUCUUCUAAGCCUCGCAGCAAUCGCCACUCCUUGGAACUUUGGCUUUGCGCAGUGACUUGAUUCCAGUCUAUGUUAGACAUGGGGAAAUAUAUAUUAUCAUCUCUACCCUAUCCUGCCCUUACCUCCCCAGCGCCUUCUCUUUGCUGCUCCAUUCUGCUUCCCCCUUUUUUUGGCUGCAGGAAGCUCUAUUCUCAGUGCAGCUCUUCUUUUUAUGCAACAUUCUUCUUUUAUGGAGGCUCUGAGCCCUUAGGAGUGUUGCAGAGAUUCUUCUUAGGCAUGUAUGUGUAGUAUCCACAAAACAACUAGAAGUUACAAUAAUAUUUCUUCCAUACCAUUCCAUAUAUACAUUUUAAAAAAACAGAGAAGGCAGCAUACAUGGACGCAUCUAGCAUGCAACAUUUGUGUUGCUGCCUUCCUACUUAGAGCU